AUGGGUUACAUGGAUUUCAUGCACCUGAAGCCGUUGGAGUAUCACCUCCAGUCAGGUACUUCUAGCAAAACACAGGCAAGGAAGGAUGCAAAAGCGCAUAUCGAUGCCUGGUAUGAGUCCGGCAUACCCUUUUUCACGAAAGAAAGGAUUCGAGGCCUCGGGAGGCAGUUGAAGAGUUUACCCGCCGCGGGAGGUAAAUUCACACUCGAAGACCUGAAUGGUGAUAUAAUCGAAGGUGUGGUACCAAAGGCUGAAGGAAAGCUUGCCGGCUUUACACUUAGCAUAGCAUACAGAGGCGCACAACAACUCAAGUUGAAUAUCGACUGGGAUCAGAAAGUUGGAAUUCUGGCUUUCUCCCCUCUAGAAGUCUUUUACAGCAGGUAUCAGGUCUUGAGCGGCGAACGCGACCCUGAGACUAUGGUUCGGGAGUUCAAAGAGAAGAGACGGUCCUGGGAGGCAAGCGAAACCUGCCAGAACUUCAAAACAAUUUUGUCUGAAAACGCUAGCGGUCAUGAGAUCAGCAACAUUGUUGGAGUUGCCUGUGGUAGCCUGUCACGACCAUAUAACCCUCAGACUGACUUCCAGCACGCGCUCCUUCUUACCCUGAAGGACUGGCUGAAAAAGAACGGCCCAGGCAAGACGCUCUCCUGCUACGUCCAGGAUGUGAUUAACACCUCGGCCGAUAAAGAAAUUCUUGCCGAGCUCGAAUUUGACAUGAUUGAUGAUCCUGUCGGCUGGGACAUGGUCAAUGAACAGUCAGUUGUGGUAUCUAUAGCACCUAAUGUGCCUACCGAGCAAAUCAUCGAGAAUAUUGCUAGACCCGCUAUUAUGAUCUGGGCUGCUGUUCAAGCUAAUUCGAACAUGGUUAACCGUGAUACUUCCCGUAUUAGGGACAUGGUGGAUGAGGACUACGACAUGCAUAGACUUGGAGAUGCGGAGAAUUUCCAGGAUGCUAUGAUCUAUAUCCGGAAGGAGAAGGUUGUCACAGCCAGGGACUCGGGAUACCUUAUGGGCUCUCUAGAUAUUCUGGGCGGAUUUUCUUAUAGUUGGGGAAUAUGGAAAAAUGCUAUUUCUUUAAGCGCUCUACACUCAGCUAGUAAUAUUAUCUUAUAA